UGUCUAUGGUUUAUUUAUACGACGUCGACAUUGUCAUCUUUGUUAAUUUAGAAAAUUUGAAAUACUUAAUUUACUUUACAAAUACCAUGGAUGAUUUUGGCGACAGCUUCGUCCAGCCCGAGGUGGACCCCGCUGCGGACUUCUUAGCUCGCGAACAGAACCAGUUGGCUGGUCUAGAGGAUGACUUGGAAACCAGUGCUCCGCCCCCUGUAGGCACUUUAUCAUCCAAUGGAUUCGAUGAUUUCGUUGAAGUACCAAGUGCUGCUGCAUUCGAAGCAAAUGGCCUGCUGGAUGAUGACCUAGCGCCUGCACCAGCUCCUGCCCACGCACCUGCGGUAGCUCCUGUGUUCAGGCAAGAGAGAGAGGAGCCAGAAAAGAUCAAACUGUGGAGGGAAGAACAAAAGAAGAGAUUGGAAGAAAAAGAUGAAGAGGAGGAAAGAAAGAAACAGGAAAUGUUGAAGGUGGCCAAGAAAGAGCUGGAAGACUGGUACAAGACUCACGAGGAGCAAAUUGGCAAGACCAAAGCUGCUAACAGGGAGUCUGCUAAGAACGCAGAAAAAGCCCUAGCACGGGGCUCAGAGAGUGGUCCCGAGGAAGGCAAUGAGUGGGCCCGUGUAUCAGAGCUGUGCGACUUUGGUCCGCGUCGCGGCAGGGACGUGGCGCGACUCCGUUCCAUCGUGCUGCAGCUCAAACAGUCUGGUGUGCGACCUAACUACCCGCCAAGAUCUACUAAAGUAGCUUGAAUUAAUAAUCUACACUAAGGAUACAAAUAUUGUUAUUAGCCUGAAUAUAACUAGAUCAGUCUCAGUGUUAUUGGAUCACAUUAUUAUUAUAAAUCAAUAUUAUAUUAUUAAUUAAAAUUGUUAAUAGCUUGCAUAGUGUGAUAACAGUGUUCUUGUAAAUGGGUAGGACUUGGAAUUAGUCAUAAUUUUAUAGACUAGUUAUUUUAUAUUUGUGACAUUAAAAUAUGGCUGUCCUACCCAUAAUAGCAUAGCAGCUUUCAGAUUACAACUGUUAUUUAUUGAAAUUUAUUAUUUAACAACUGUUCACCAAUAUCGGCUUUAAUAUUGUGGUUAGCAUAUUUUUUAUUUAAGUAUUAAAUAAAUAUCAUUCCAAAAUCACAGAA